AUGGCAAGCGCCGAAAGUAUUGCUGACAGCGUCGAGGUCGAGGUCAACGUAGAUCUCGAUAUCGUUGACGAAAAUGUCCAAUCCCGUGAACAAGAGUGCAAUCUUGGCACCUGCGAAGGUGCAUGCAGUCACCAAGACUUCAAAACCUCAGAGUCACUAGAAGCCCAGUACUCACCCUCCGAUGCCAACGAAACACUCUCCAACGCCGAACAUGAUGGACAGCAGGAUGGUGAAUAUGAGGGAUGUGAAGGGAACGAACAAGUGGAAGGGGAAUAUAAUGAAUGCAAAGAAAUUGUAGAGGCUCUGAUGGAGAAUAAGCAGAAGAACAUGGACUCAGAAGACGAGGAUGAAAAGGAAAUGGAUGAAGAACAGGAGGACUCCAUGACAAACUACGCCGAAUCCACCAAUCAGACCUCUGAUAAUGGAGAUAGCGAGCUCGGAGAAAACAUCCAGGACGUGCUAAACAAAAUUGAAGGGAUGGAUGAAUGCGAGUUGGAGCAAAUGAUUGACCAGCUUGAAGCCUUUGAGUUGGACGAUUCCGAUGUUUCCAUUCCAGUCUCCGAGAGCACACAAAGGGGAAGUAACGAUGGAACCACGACCCCAAGCAAAAGUAUUGUCAAGACUAAAAAGCUCAACUGGGAAGCAAAGGCCUCAACUCCGGGCUACAUGCUUUCGUCCAUCAGUAGACUCCAAAAUGUAGAUGACAUUUGCAGAGCAAGAAUGGCGGCAAGGGAAAGGAUACAACAGAAGGCUCAAGAAAGGAUCGAAGCAACUGCUAGCAAGGCAAAGAUUGAAAAGGAACGCAUCAAAAAGGAGAUUCAGGACAAGAAAAAAGCAGAAGCCGCCGCCAGGGCAAAUGUUGUAGCUGCCGAACGUGAGAGGGUAAUUGCCGCAAAAAAGAAACAGGAAGAACAUCUUGAAAGACUCAAGAAACAAAUGUCUGAAAGGAACCGUAAAGAAGCCGUUGAUAAGAAGAAAAUGAUGGAAGAAGUUGAAAACAAAAGGAAGGAACUCGCCAAGGCAAGAAUGGAAGCUCUCAGGGAAAAGAAACCUAUGAAUGUCGGAAGCACUAUAUCUAAGAGUUCUCUCAUCCAAACAAAAUGA